AUGGGAUCGGCGCCCUACGGGCCUUACGGGGUGGCUCCUUCUCUGUCCGCAGGCCCCUACGGGGCGGCUCCUGCUCCUGCCGGAUCGGCGUCCUAUGGGCCCUUCGGGGCUGCUCCUCCGCCGUCAGGCCACUACGGGGCGGCUCCGGUUCCUGCCUCCGCGUACAACGCCGCGUAUGGUGCGUCGCCCUACUCGGCUGCUGUGGCUGCACCACCUGGCGUCGUCCCCGCGGCGUCCUACACUGCCCCGCCCUCGCAACCCUAUGCGGUUGCACCUGGCGCCGCGACCGCCGGGUCUGGCAGGGCACCGGCUAUGCCCUACGGCACCCUGCCACCGCCGUUGCCCUACGGCGGUUACUACCCGCCGGCGAUGGCUGCGCCUUAUCCUGGAGCUUCUACGCCGGCUGCUACUUCCUCCAUAGCGCUGGGUCCUGGUGCACCUGGUGGUUCGUCCCACAUGAGCUACUAG